AUGGCAGCACCGGACCUAUCGCUGUUCUGCCUGCUCUGGAGCCAGCUCCAGGCUGCUCACAUGCUGAAGGAUGUGCGUGGCGACUGGCGUACUUGGCAGCCGAUCCCAGUGAUCGCCCUUUGCGCCAGCCUCCCGGCAGCUCUCUUCCCCGGCCAGGCGGCUACGUUGCUGCCCGUUGCGGCCGCCAGUAGCGGCGUGUACCUUUGGCUUUGUGGGUCGCGAUCGAACCACAUCAUGCAGGAUUUGAUUAUCAAUGCAGCCAUUGUCCUGGCUGCAGUGACUGGACCAGGAAAUCCGGCGGACUUCAGCCGACGACUCGGCGCCGCGGUCCAUCGGUUUCUAGUCGUUCUCUACGCCGUGUCCGCGCUGCACAAGCUGAACUCCGACUGGUUCGACGCGCAGGUGUCCUGCGCAUCGUCCGUCACGGCCACACUGCUGGCACAGUACGGCCCUGCGUGGCUCAAAGGCAGCCCGGUGGCUACUUUCGUGCUUGAGACCUCGCCAGGGGCUGCCGCAGCCUUCGAGGUGAUCUUGCCCGCCCUGCUUGCAGCAGCCGGUCCUCCAGGUGCUUCUGGAGCGCUGCGCGGCUUCUGUCGACGUCUGGGAGGGUCCCUAGGCGCUGUCUUUCAUUUGAUGCUUGCGUUGCCGCUUCCUCCAGCGUCGUUCUACCCCUUCAGCGCCAGUUGCCUCGCCCUCUAUGCGCUGGAGCUGCCGGACGCCGUGUCCAACUUCUGUCUGGUGGCGGAAAGGGUUGCGCCCCUUCUUGGCCGGCUGCUGUGGUUCGCCCUGCCCGGACUCCUGGCGGCCACCACAGCGGCGGCCGAUUCUUCAGGUUUCUGGUCCACUUGGGUGAAGCAAGGCGAUGGCAGUGAUGCUCCGUUUGAGUAUCCGCCCUAUGACCUCUACAACGGAGCGAUCUACUGGUGCUUUCUGGUCACUGCGCUUUGGCUUCUACUGUGCCUCUCUGGGCCUGGAUCAGCAGACAAGGGUGGCGAGCGGCCUGCUCGUGGCGGCGCGCUGGUGGCUACCUCAAGUGGGCAUUACUUUGCCUCCAUCUUCGUCGUGCUCGCUGUCCUGACAUUGGGCUUGGGACCAUACUUAGGCACUCGCACAUACCCGGCGUUCGCCAUGUUCUCAAAUCUCCGCAUUGAGGGCGGAGCGCCGAACCAUCAAUUCCUAGGCACCGGUCUCGAUCUAUUUGGCUUCCAAGCCGACGUCGUCCAAGUCCUGGAGACAAAUUCCACGGCCUUGUGGAACUACCAGGUCGACCUAUCCCAGCUCUACACGCACCGAACCUCAGCGUUCUUUGCAGCCGCCGGGCUCUUGCCAGCUCUUUGGAUUUGCCCACCGAGCUGGCGCUAUCCGCCGGCAGCCAACUUCACAGCCUUUAGCGCUCCCGCUGCUGGACUUUACCAGCGGUUGAAGACGCAGGAUCCAGGGGCCUGGGUGGCUCGAGUACGGCGAGGCUCCGAGGAGUUCAUCGUGUCUCGCCGUGAGGAUCUCAAGCCGAAGUGCCGUCCCGGUGUGCCACCGGAGCCGCCUGAGUCCCUGCAGACAUUGACUGCGGAGAAAAAGGGGAUGUGUGUGGCUCUUGCUGCUGGUGCCGCCGCGGCGGCCCUCUAUGUAGCCCCGGCCUUCACCACCGCCCCGGCGGCCACGGAGAACCCGGUCUCUGCCUCCCUCCGUGGCCAGGGUCGUGCAGCCGUGCAGGGCGCAUCUACAGGAGUCACCGGCACCACCGUGGCUGCUGCUGGCGUCUUGGCCCUGGGUGCCGCAGCGGCCCGUGGCCGUCAGCAAAAGGUGGCGCGAGCAGGCGUGCUCAGCAAGGAUGACCAGGGCCGAUUCCGCUUCGAUGCACCGGAAGUCCCCAUCGUUCCCUCCGAGCAGCCGGGCGUGACCAUGCCUUUGGGCUUCUUCGAUCCCCUGGGCUUCUCCAAGAGCGGUCUCAUGACCUUCCCCGGCGACUCUACCGGAUUCAAGCACCUCAGAGCGGCCGAAAUCAAGCACGGCCGAUUCGCCAUGAUGGCGGCAACCGGAUCUCUCUUCGCGCACUUCGUAAAGCUUCCCGGCUUCGAGGAUGUGCCCACUGGCCUGGCGGCCCUGAACACCGCCAAGGGCGCUGAGGGCUUCGCCCUGCUGUUCUUCCUCAUCGCGGGCCACGAGGCCGUGACCUGGAAGCCCCAGAAGGGCGAGCCCGGCUCCUUCGGCGACCCGUUCGCCUGGAAGCAGUUCACGCCUGAGAUGCGCACCAAGGAGCUCAACAACGGGCGCAUGGCGAUGUUUGCCAUCAUUGGUCAGAUCGUCGCAGAACUUCAGACAGGGAAGGGACCUGUGGAGCAGUUCACCGGCUGA